AUGUGUCCAUCAAAGUCUCAACUGGAGAAAAAACCAAUAACGGUUAAUCCUCCCCCUUCUUCAAAUGUUUAUUCAACCGACGGUUCCACUCAUGUUCCAGCUAAGUCGCUGGCAUUUCUCCCAAUGCGCAACCCUACUGUGUCAGGAGACCACUGUCGUUCAAAAAGUUUAAUUGUCAGUCGAACUUAUUCCGCUGAACCAGGGAAUGAAUGGGUGAUCCCCAAUCGUAUCAUCACAGAAAAGAAUGGAAAGUCCUACGUCCCUAUUCUUAAUCCUUCGGUACAAUCUGUUGUUUUUCCAGCAGGAAAGGAAAUACCUGGAGUUGAGGCAAUCGAGUCGACUGAGUGGGUAACAGUGAGGGAAGAAGUUAAAGGCAACUUCUCAUCAGAAACUUCACCCCCAAGGUCAAUCCCAGAAUUCCUCCGUGAGUCUCUUGAAAAAGUUCCCGCAGAAUAUCGCCAAGAAAUGGAGACUCUUCUCACACGAUACCAAGAUCUUUUCCACGAUACCCCUCUCAAGAGUACGAACGCCGCCGAACACGAAACCGACGCAGGUGAUCACCAGCCUAUCAGGUCAGCUCCUUAUCAAGUCAGUGAACUAGAACGGGAGGCUAUCAACACCCAAGUAGAAGCAAUGCUUCAGGCCGUAAUCGUCAAGCCGUCCUCCGUCCUCCCGUCGUCAUGGUACCCAAGAAAAACGGUAAGCUCCGUUUUUGCCCUGAUUACCACCGGUUAA